UUUGUUGUACAGAUUGUCUCUGGAAACUUUGACGUCUCAGUGAAGCUUUUGGAGUACAACAGAGAUGAAGAAUGUAGCUGUGAUCUUGCGUUCUACGAGCUUCAGUGUGGAAAAUGUGAUGUAUAUUUCAAGACAUGCCUGCAACCUUUAUCUCCGACACAAGGUCAGAUCUGCAAUGGAAAUAAUGAAAAUCAGCGAGUUGAUGACACAAACAGCUUUUUAUUUGCCAAUUCUCUGACAAUCGCUGAUUUCUACAAGUGGAGGAACAUCAAAGGACAGCCCUCAUUUCAAAUAUCAGUGCAUGCUUACGACUACGAUACUGUCGGUGACAAUGAUGAUCUAGGCGUGACAAGCUAUGUGUACAGAGGGAAUACAACUACAGGAUUGACAGUGAUGACAACACCCGGAAGUAAAAACCUACGGAUCAAAAUGCAACUCACAGUCUCGUGUCCAAGUAAUUAUUCUAGUCCGAUGUGUGAAAAGAAAGAAAAAACAACAAUGACCAGUACAUCAACAUUAAGAACUAUAACAACGACCACAGAAAAACCAAAACCAAAAUCAACUUCAUCACCAACAACAAAUGUACAAACAAGAACCUAUGAACCAACAACAACUAAUAAACCAACGAAAGCAAAAACAAUUUCAAAAACAACUUUUACACCUACAACAACAAUUAUUACACCAAUAACAAGGUCAAAUACACCAACAGCAACAACCACUACACCAUUUACAACAGUCACUUCAAUAACAACAACGGCUAAUACACCUACAACAACGACUAAUUCACCUACAACAAAGACUAAUGCACCUACGACAACAACGGCAACUACACCUACAAGAAGGACUAAUACACCUAGGACAACAACUAAUUCACUUACAACAACGACUAAUACACCUAAAACAACGACUAAUUCACCUACAGCAACGUCUACUACACCUAAGACAACAACUAAUACACCUACAACAACGACUAAUACACCUACACCUAGGACAACAACUAAUACACCUAUAAAAACCGCAACUACAUCUACAAGAACGACUAAUACACCUACAACAGCGACUAAUACACUUACAACUACGACUAAUACACCUAUAACAACGACUAAUACACUUUCAACUACGACUAAUACACUAACCACAACGACUAUUACACCUACUACAACGACUAAUACACCUACAACAACGACUAAUACACAUACAACAACGAUUUAUACACCUACAACAACGACUAAUACACCUAAGACGACAUCUUAUACACCUACAACAACGGCAACUACACCUACAAGAACGACUUAUACACCUAGGACAACAACUAAUACACCUACAACAACCGCAACAACAUCUACAAGAACGAAUAAUACACCUACAACAACCGCAACUACACCUACAACAACCGCAACUACACCUACAACAACGGCUAAUACAUCAACCACGACGACUAUUACACCUACAACAAUGACUAAUAUACAUACUACAACGGCUUAUAUACUCACAACAACGACUUAUACACCAACAACAGUGACAAAUAAAUCACCAAUGACAAACACCACAUCAGCAAGAACAAAUUAUAUACCAACAACAACAAAAACCAAUACAUCAACCACAGCAACAGUAGCUACACCAAUAACAACUACUAAUACACCAACAACAACAAACACUUCACCAACAAUAAUGGCUUACACACUAAGAGUGACUAAUAAACCACCAGCAAGAAACACUACUACAACCAUAACUUAUACACUAACAACAACGACUUACACGCUAACAACAAGAACAGCCACUCCACCACCAACAACUACAUCAACAACAAUAGCAGUCACUAAACCAAUGACAACAACUGUCACACCAACAUCAACAAUGUCUGCAUCAAAAACAACAACUUUUAUUAAGGUAGAAUAA